AGAUUACCCCCUGAAUCUUAGCGAACGAGGAGCAAGGCUGGCCACUCCUCUGCACCUCCGAUUGCGCAUCAUCAUUUGUGCACGAGCUCGGCUAUUUCAGAAGGGGCCGCUACAAAACCUGGGUCUCGCCCGCAUUCGCCGAGAUUUAUGCGAGCACAAAAGAAACGCCAGCCAGCCUCUGCCCUUUUUUCCUUUCCUCUCUCCUUCUCGUCCUGAUCCCCAGAGCGAGAGGGAGGGGGAUCUAGAGCCGUUUCUGGUUUAUCUCCUUUUUGGUGAUAGAGAGGAAGGACAUGGCGGUGAUCUCUAGAGCCUCUCUUCUUGUCAUGGCCAUCGUUGUCGUGCUCGCCACCGUGGCCAACGCUCAGCUGGCCCCUGCCCCGGCACCCACCAGUGAUGGAACCAGCGUGGACCAAGGGAUCGCGUAUGUGCUGAUGUUCGUGGCGCUUGCCCUCACAUACCUCAUCCACCCCCUAGACGCGUCCGCCGCCUACAGGCUCCUCUGAGCUCCCGCUUCUGUACUUGUAACUCGACGCCAUGAUGUAAUCAGCGGUGCAUGAUCAGUUAAUUCAUCCAGUUUGAUCAUUUCAGAAAAGAAGAUGGAAUUUGUCGAUUAGUUUGUUCCUUUUAGCUGUUCAGUUAAUCAGUUUGGAGAAUUGGGAAUGUCAAAAUUACCAAUUCGUUAAUUUUAGAGUCAGAUGUAAUACAGUUCUCGUCAGUACAUUACAUAGAUUCAUACUUGGCAUUAUUA